AUGUCAAUAGCUCUCAUAAUGCUGAUAUCCUCGGUUGUAGUAGCACAGUGAAUGUGAUAUUCGACAUCACCAAUGAGGCUAGCAGCAGCAGCAGCAGCAUCAACAACAACAAUUGGGACUCCCUCGUUAUUUCCUCCCUACACUACUACUAGGAGUAGUACUUUGGCAUAUUUGCCGGUCUCUUCUACUUCACCACCCCCAACUACUUGCAUCUUUUCGCUUCCCAUCACCCCCAUCUCAGGGAGGAAGAAGUUAUUGUUACGAGCUCAGAAUCUUGAUUGUGAAAGUGAGGAACAAUUAAUAGUGGAUCAAAUGGAUUUGAAGAAAGAAUUUCCUGAAUUGAACAAGAAUCUAUACCCUUCUAUAGAGCCAUAUAGUACUGGGUUUUUGAAAGUUUCAGACCUUCAUACUAUAUACUGGGAGCAGUCAGGAAAUCCUAAUGGCCAUCCAGUAGUUUUUCUCCAUGGAGGCCCUGGAGGUGGGACUUCACCAAAUAACAGGAGGUUCUUUGAUCCUGGCUUCUACCGAAUCAUUUUGUUAGAUCAGAGAGGUGCAGGUAAAAGCAAGCCUCAUGCUUGCUUGGAGGAGAAUACAACAUGGGAUCUUGUUGGGGAUAUUGAAAGAUUAAGAGAGCACUUAGAGAUUCCAGAAUGGCAGGUAUUUGGUGGCUCAUGGGGAAGCACUCUCGCUCUUGCAUACAGCAUAUCACAUCCUGACAAGGUUACUGGUAUCAUUCUCAGAGGAAUAUUUUUGUUGCGGAAGAAAGAAAUUGAUUGGUUUUAUGAGGGUGGAGCUGCUGCAAUAUUCCCUGAUGCUUGGGAGCCAUUCAGAGAUAUGAUUCCAGAGAAUGAAAGGAAGUGUUUUGUUGAGGCCUACCACAAGAGAUUAAAUUCUGAUGACCUAGAAACACAGUAUGCAGCAGCUAGGGCAUGGACUAAAUGGGAAAUGAUGACUGCUCACCUUCUCCCAGAUGAAGAGAACAUAAAGAGAGGAGAUGUUGAUGAUUUCUCCUUGGCAUUUGCAAGGAUUGAGAACCACUACUUUACCAAUAAGGGCUUCUUUUCUUCGGAUUCUUUCCUUCUAGAUAAUGUUGAAAAGAUAAAGCAUAUAAAGACAACAAUUGUUCAGGGAAGAUACGAUGUUUGCUGUCCAAUGAUGUCAGCAUGGGAUCUUCAUAAAGCUUGGCCAGAGGCAGAGUUCAUAGUCGUCCCGGAUGCAGGUCAUUCUGCAAAUGAACCAGGAAUUGCAGCAGAACUUGUUGCAGCUAAUGAAAAAUUGAAAAACAUCCUUAAAGGUGUUUGUUGAGUUCGAAGUGCCGCAAAUAAUUGAGAAUUUACAGAUCUUUGCUCCAUUGAAGCAUUGGAUAUUGGCAUCUGAUGUUUGUGGGAGGAUGAAUAAUGGUCUGUGUGUUUAAUGUUUUAGAUCCUUGUAUUCCAAUAUUCUAGCUUUACGUUUCUUAGGAGCACCUCACUGUGUGGAUGAAAGCAAUGCCAUGAGUUUUCUCCCUUUUUAUGUACGGCUAUGGCACGAGGCUAAUUGGAAGAAGUUAUUUGUGAUCUACACGUAUGAAUUGUAGGUGCAACUAAAGUCUUGCACCAGAGGAUGUUAUGAUUUAUUUGUAUUAGGAUUACAUUUCCUUGUAAUUUUCAUUUCGCACUUGAAAUUGCAGCAGUCA